GAACCGCCAACCGCGAAUGACGGAGACUCCAGCAACCACCCGAGGAUCCCUGCUCGUUCGACAGGUCCUCGCUCACUGUAUUCGGGUGACAAAUCUCAUCCCGAUGGCUUUUUGAACGAGACUGCGUCAACUACCUGCUUAUCCGAGGCCGUCGAACGGCGACGCAUCUCACCUGCUCGAGCACCCGCAACGGUUUGUGACGUCUUCCGUCCCAUCAUGAAGACCCACGGCUCCCUCCAGGACGAGGAAGCCAACGCCGCCGCGUGGGAGGCUGGCAAAGGCGCGCUCCUCGGCGCCGCGAAAUGGGGAGCCGGCGCGGCCAUCCUUGGGGCGAUUGGCUACGUCUGGUCUCCCAUAUACCGCAACACGACGGUGCAGUUUAAAGUAUACCUGCAAAUGUCCGGCAUGGUUCUCGGCGGCAUGAUCGAGGCGGACUGGCGGCUGAGGCAGUACGAGUAUCAGAUGAGGAUGCAGAGGAGGUGGCUCCGCGAAAAGGCCAAGUGGGAGCGCUACGAGCAAGAGUUCUCGGAAAAGAACGACAAGUAAGGACGCGGACAUGUAACAUUAUCCAUUCACGCAGCCGGGUCUUUGAGCCCCCAACGAUACCGACACCUCGAGCCUAGAUGUACAAGCCUGUACGCAGAUUUCUAACAAGACCCUGCCAACUC